CUGUGCAAUCAAAGUUCUUUGGCCUCUUAUAUGUGCGACAGUACGUUUUCAUCAGGAUGGCAAUUAGUAUUUCAUUAGCGUUCCUCGUCCUAUUAAAGUUGUUAAGUCCACAACGUUAUGUUAAAACUGCUUGUACAAUAUCUUUGCGGGACGAUUUACCGGUGAAAGAACCUCUCUACCUGAAGCGAUUUAAUGGAAGCCUGGAAUUUGUGCUCCCCUUGGAGGACAAAACCAUCCCGCAAAAAGACAGAGGAGUACUUGAACUUGCUAAAAAUGAAGAGCUGAUUUUAGCAUGCCCUGGAAAAAACAACGAACUGAUGAGCCCUCCCUAUGAUGUUGUCGAAUCGCACUGUGUUGACGGGAAACGGCUUGAUGUUGAAGUUGGCGGUGUGGGAAAUAAAACACUACGAAUUGAACAGCUGGAGUGCGCCAACAGUGUGCGGGCAGUCUUGCGACCAAAUUUUUCACAGACUUGCGCGAAAACUGGGACCGAAAUGGAAAUUGGAUUUGAGGUUGAAACGGAGUACCUGCCCUUGAUAAAUGUCUGCCACGACGUAGAUGCUGCAGAUACGAUUUACGUCGAACACGAUAUUGUCUCUACCAUUCGCGGGGCGAAAAUGCUCCAAAGUAGACCAUCUUUUCAAGAGGGACCAUAUCCACUUUACGACGGAGUGAAUACUCGGAAAGUUUAUACUCAGGAGUACCAAAGACAGCUUUUUGAUGAUCUUUUGGGCAAAGGAGAGGGAAAACACGUUAUUAGAGGACUAUAUUACCUUGCAAAAGGUCAUCUUGCACCGCAUGCAGAUUUCCUCUAUGGCACAUGGAAAUGGGCGACUUACUUCUACGUUAAUGCAGCCCCUCAAUGGCAGAUUAUCAAUGGAGGCAAUUGGAAAGGUCUUGAAGACUAUCUCAAAAGACUAGCAGCUGAGACCGGCGAGGACUUGCACAUCAUUACGGGCAGUUGGGGAGUUCUGAAGCUGAGAUCACGCAUAACAGGCACAUAUGUCGAUGUCUACUUGCAACCUGAGGAAGGCCACCGUAAGAUUCGCGUACCCGCAGGAUUUUUCAAAAUAAUACAAAGCAAAGUAAGCCAUAAGGCAAUUGUAGCAAUCUGCUCCAACAAUCCAUUUGAGAAGGUGCCGCUUUUUUCGCUUUGUAAAAAUAUCGCCAAAGAAAAUCAUUGGCCGACCGCAGAAACCCGUUGGAAAAGUUACAAAAGGGGAUUCAUUUACUUUUGCAACGUGGAGCAAUUCGUUGCAAGAGUUAAGGAAUACCUCCCGAAAGUGAAAUACUCGGGAAUCUUGCAAGGCCUUGAAAAAUGACGGUAAAUUUUGGUAUUUGUUUGUAGGAAAUUUUUGCUCCGGAAAAUAAACCUGAAGAAAUAAUUAAAUGUUUUAAUACAAUUUUCUUCUUAUAUUCUGGUGCUGAUGUAGAAUAUAUUCAAUAACUUUUAUAGUUGAAAAUAAGUCUUUGUGUCUUUGUGGUAAUGAGCAAAUCACGUC